AUGGGUUCCCUGCUGAUGCCACUGCUGGGCAGCGUGGCCGCCAAGGCCGGCGACGUGCUGGUGGGCGAGCUUCUUCGGGCGUGGGGGCUGGACAAGGCCCGCCGGAAGCUAGAGCGCCACCUCGCCGCCAUCCAGUGCAUCCUGCUCGACGCCGACGCAAAGAGCCGCACCAACCCCACCGUCCACCAGUGGGUCAAGGACCUCAAGACCGCCGCCUACCAGGCAGACGACCUCCUCGACGGCUUCCGCUACGAGGCCCUACGCCGCCGUGCCGCCCAGAUGCGCCGCCGCCACCGCUGCUCCAGAGCACGCAAGACAGUAAAUUUCCACAUCACUGGUGACUUCAUUUACAUGAGAACACAAGAGCAGGACAUAGAUUUACAUUUACAGGCUGGCUCUGUUUUCAAUCCAGGCCCCGUUUGGGAGCAGUUUAAUCCUGCAAAUAAUUCUUGUGUGUUGAGCUACUUCACCGCCAAUAGCCCGGUUGUUUUCCGUCUCUCCAUGAGCAGGAAGAUGAAGGACGCCCUUGAAAUCAUAGAUGAACUGGUUGCGGAGAUGAACAAAUUUCAAUUCCUGCAACAUAACGAGGCACCAAGCGUCGAUCAUCCACAGACACACUCUCAUGUCGAUGAAUCAGAGAUUGUGGGUAGGAAAGAUGACAAGGAACAAGUGGUGAAGAUAUUGCUCGACCACUCCAACAACAAUAAUGAUAAUAGUAAUGUCAUGGUGCUCCCCAUAGUUGGUAUGGGGGGAAUCGGUAAGACCACCCUUGCUCAACUUGUGCACAAUGACCAAAGGGUGAAGCUUCAUUUUGAGUUGGUCUUAUGGGCAUGUGUCUCUAAUAAGUUCGUUAUUGAAGAAAUAGUCCGAUCUAUAAUAGAAGUGGCCACGAUGAAGAAGUGUGAUUUGACUCAGAUGGAGGCACUGCGGAAGGAACUUUGUGGAGUUUUGGGCAAGAAAAGGUACCUCCUAGUGUUGGAUGAUGUUUGGAAUGAAGAUAGACACAAGUGGGAUCAUAUGAGAUCAUUACUAAACUCACAGGCCAGCUCAUGUAGUGCUAUAAUCGUGACAAGCCGCAGCAAUCAAGUUGCGUCUAUCAUGGGCACGCUUCCUGCACAUCGCAUAUCUCUUCUGAAUGAGGACCGGUCAUGGGAACUUUUUCAGAGAAACGUAUUUCGAAGGGAAGCAGAAAAGCAAGAUGAAUUGAUUUCAGUCGCAAAGAACAUUGUCCACAAGUGUAAGGGAUUGCCUCUUGCUAUCAAGACCAUAGCGGCUUUACUUCAUUCGAAGCAUCACAGUCAGUGGUUUUCUGUUCUGGAUAGUGAUGUCUGGAAAGAUGAAAUCCUCACAUCUACUGCUAUUGUACCUGCACUACAACUGAGCUAUGAUCACUUGUCAUCCGAAGCAAAAAUAUGCUUCUCCUUAUGUGCUCUUUUCCCCAAGGAUAGCCUGAUGGACAAAGACAUGUUAAUCCAGCUAUGGAUGGCUAAUGACUUUAUUGCAUCAGAAACAAGAGGCCAACAAAUUUUUGAUGUGCUAGUUUGGAGAUGUUUCCUCCAAGAUGUCCAAAUUACAGAGGAUGCCUUCAUCUACCAACCAACUACUUGUAGAAUGCAUGAUCUUGCUGGCUUCGUAAGCAAAAAUGAUUGCUCCAUUCUGCAAGAAUCUUCAUCACGUCAGGAAAUUUGCAAGGAUCCACAUACACCAGUUCAUUACAGCAUGCAUGAGGUUCAACAUUUGUCACUUGAUUAUGUGAGUAAUAAUACUAUUGGAGACAUGAAGGAAAUUCUACAUCCCCGAGCCCGCACAAUAUUAGUCUUCAAAAAUGGAUUUGGGAUUGAGAUUCCUGUGAGUAUGGCCAAGUCAAAAUUCAUGUCCUUGCGAGCAUUGAAGACAUUCUCAAUCAGUACACACAUGACAAACUUGAAGCAUCUUCGCUAUCUGGAUUGUUCUGAUUCUAUUAUAUCUGCAUUGCCUGAAGCCAUUACCAUGUUGUAUAGCUUGCAAACAUUGAAGCUCAUUGGUUGUAAUGAACUUACGAAAUUACCAGAAGGAAUGAGGUAUAUGAGCGGUCUUCGCCACAUCUUCCUUGUUGGGUGCCGUCGGUUGGAGCGCAUGCCACAAGGUGUUAGUCAGCUGAAUUCUCUGCAGACAUUAACGAAUUAUGUCAUUGAUAGUGAUGCAGGCCGUGGAAUUGAUCAACUGAAAGAUUUGAAUCUAGGUGGCAGUCUUCGUUUGACAGAGCUGAGAAAAGUGCAUAGUGCAGAAAAUGCUAAACAAGGUAAUUUGUCCGCCAAGCAUAAUUUGAAACGAUUGUUGCUCAAUUGGCAUGGACCUGAUAGCACAAACGAUAGAGAUGAAGUAGAUACUAAUGCAGAAGGAAUAUUAGAGGCCCUUUGUCCUCAUAAAAGUCUUGAAGCUUUACAGUUAUAUGAUUAUACCGGGGUGAAAUUCUCAUCAUGGAUGCACAACUCUACACUGUUAGAACAUCUCAGCAAACUUUUUCUGCUUAGAUGCAAGAACUGCAAGGAUCUUCCCCCAUUAUGGCAGUUGCCCUCCCUCGUGCUCUUGCGUUUGUAUGAUUUGGAUAGCUUGGCAAGUAUGUGUGCUGGUAAUGAUGAUACAGACAAUGGGAAAUCCUACAUUUCUCCACCACCCUUCUUUCCUAAGUUGGAAACCAUGAUUCUUGACAAGAUGCCUAAGCUAGAGAGAUGGCACCAGGAGGUGACAGGACAAGUAGCAGUUGUAUCAUUCCCUCAGCUCAAGACGUUAUCGAUUGUUGAGUGCCCAAGGUUAGCGACACUGCUGGAGGGACUCCUGCAACAGCUCCCAGCCCUCGAGAAACUAUCCAUCAGUGAAUGCCGCAACUUGAAGCAGGCCUUCUCAAGAGGAGGCGCUUACUGGGAUUUGGUUGAAGCAAUUCGGAAGAGAAAUGUUGGUUGAUCCCAUGCACUGAAUGCUAAGGCUGUGCCUGUGCCUGUGCUUUUGGAUGCCAGCCUCAUGGGAUUAUUUAUUCGUUUGAGGAUUGAUGUACUGUUGAGCUGGUUGAUUAUAUGUAUAUGUUGGGUAAUAACCUAGAUAGACUUGAUGUCAAAACUGAAAAGCACUUGUGUAUGUAUGUAAAUCUGUUCCCAGUCAAGUCCCUUGUUCCGUUGCUAAAUACUUUAGCUUGACAGCUUUAUUAAACUGGCCUAAGAAGUGCUAUUUCAUUUCUCUUGGUUACCUAGGUGCUAUUUCAUUUCAUUUCCCUUGCCCCUUGUGUGUUGCCAAGAAAGUAUAGUAUACCUAGGAGCCAACAGGUGAAGCGGGAUGUUGCAAUUGGUACGAGGCCGGAUCUGAAUUACUGAACCACGAUCCUGUCAAAAUGUGUUGCUGCAGGAAGAGAUGCGUGCAUGUCUUGCAGAGUUUUUGUUCUUUGAAGCGAGGAGUGUAUUGGAAAUGAAGAGGACUGUAGUACAGAUUGCAUGGGUAGUAAAAGACUAUGCAGUUCCAAAGCAGUUGGCAUCGCACGCACACCAAGUGCAUGGCCGGGGAUGAAACAGAGCACGCAGCGGUCCAGGAAAAACAGAGAAGCACACACACAGCCGGGUUUUCCUUCUACUUUUUUUGUUUUCACUUGGUGCUGGCAAAUCCCCUGGCAAAAUACAAUGAUGGCUACACCACCAGCAGGAGAUGUCUUGCAGAGUUAUUCUUCUUGAACAAAUCAAGUCAGCCCAGGGACUCCCUGACGAUCGCAUCGCCCCCUUGACUGCCAUGUAUUACAUCACAGAUGACAUUCUUCUUCAGAAACAUCCAAGCAAAAUAGCACUUACACAAACAAAUGCAUGUAUUUUGAUGCAAAGAGUGACUGUGAUUCCCCCGCAAAAAAAAAAAGAGUGACUGUGAUUCCACAUAUAAUAAGAGUGGCAUCAAGAGAUCCAAUUUCCGUGCAAACUGCAAGAUGUGGAAAAUCGGCUUCAUGGACUUCAGGUAACGUGGUAUCGGAAAAAUCAGUUUGAGUGAUAGUUUAAAAAAAAAAAAGGAGGAUGACCCCCGGCCUCUGCAUCUGGGAGAUGCAUACGGCCACUUUAUUGAUUAUUCUCGAGGACCGUACAAAGUAUUACAACAAUGUGCCUGAAUUCACCAUCUUGGCAACAUAUGCCGCUACUCCUAUCCAAUAUGAUGAAGGGGUGCUAGCUGGGCCACUACCCAAACCACUCACCUAAGCCUAACAUCAAAAACCGGAAGCCGAAACUCAUUCGGAAGCCCCAGCCGAGCCACAUACCGGGUCUGGGGCACAAUCCGCUCAGACGCACUCGUGAGUCGUCGCCGCCAUCUUCCACAGGUCGGCUUCUACCUUGUCUGGCCACUCUGCCAUCGACAUCACCAUGACGCAAGACAACAACCUCCUCCUGCGCGAGCCCAUCUCCGCGCAUCGGACGCCGAGUCUCCACAGCGCCAUGCCAUCGAUCUCCGCCGCCAUCAAUGUGUGAGAUGAAGCACCGCUCCACCAUCCCUCCAGCCAGCACUUUCUCCAAAACGAUGC